UUUUUCCUCUACGCCUGUUAAAAGAGUUAAAUUGACUUAUUUUAACUUUUUGUUUGGACUGAAUUCUGAGAUCUGUGGAACAUAUGGAAUAUUGUGUUUAUAGAGCCUCUUACAAGACAAGCUAAAAACUAUAGAGAGGCAACGGUGAAAAGCCUCUAAUCAAUAUCCUGGAUGAUAGGUAUUUAAUUUUACAACAGGAUAACCCCCUAAUCAUUCAGAAAAAAGAAGUGUUAUCAGAAAAUUCUCUCUAACAGCUCUACUGAUCUAUUUUCCUUCUCCAAGGAAUGAAAUGUGUGUCAGUAUUUUUUUUCAACAGGAAAUAUUGAACAGACUUGAACGGUGGCUUGAGAGAAUUUAUUUUCUGUGAGUUCUGUGGAUCAAUUGGGGAAUUAGUUCCGUCUUUUCCCCCUCAUUGAUCUGUGUGAUGUUUCAUUAUUUUUUUCUUCAAAAAAGAGGAUUUCUUCAUUAAUUGCUCCACAUGAAAUGUUGUUUUCAUGCCCUAUGGAGAUCCCAGGUGUAUGAGAAUAUGAAAGAAGAAAGGGCCGAGCACAAGCGAGCGGAGCCAGAAUAUGAGGAGGAGGAGGAGGAAAUCUUGGGCUCGGACGACGACGAACAGGAGGAUCCCGAGGACUACCAGAAAGGUGGAUACCACCCAGUGAAGAUUGGAGAUCUCUUCAACAACAAAUACCAUGUGAUCAGGAAACUAGGCUGGGGGCAUUUCUCUACAGUGUGGUUAUGCUGGGACAUGGUAGCGAAGAGAUUUGUUGCUUUGAAGGUUGUAAAAAGUGCACAACAUUAUACAGAGACUGCACUGGAUGAAAUCAAAUUACUGAAAUGUGUUCGAGAUAGUGAUGAAAAUGACCCGUUCCGGGAGAGAACUGUGCAGCUAUUGGACGACUUCAAAAUCUCGGGGGUCAAUGGCACACAUGUCUGCAUGGUGUUUGAAGUCCUGGGCCACAAUUUACUUAAACUAAUAAUCCGUUCAAAUUAUCAAGGAAUUCCUAUACAAAAUGUUAAACACAUCAUUAAACAGGUUUUACAAGCCUUAGAAUACCUCCAUGACAAAUGUAAAAUAAUUCACACUGAUAUAAAACCUGAGAACGUCUUGAUGUGUGUAGAUGAACCUUACAUAAGAAAACUGGCGGCGGACGCCUGUGAAUGGCAGAAGCUGGGGGCUAAGCUUCCGGGAUCAGCUGUGAGUACUGCUCCAAAAGAAAGAGCACCAGAGCUAGGCAAGAUGUCAAAGAACAAGAAGAAGAAGAUGAAGAAGAAGAUGAAGAAGCAGCAGGCUUUACUGGAGAUGCAGAUGCAGCAGAUAGAAGAAGUGACCUCACAGGUUCCCCUUGAUUCUGCUGACACAUGCGACUUAUUGGCUGCUGAGAAAGAGAGAAUGAUGAACAGUGAGAGUAUGACGAGUUUGGCUCAGUCCGAGCCUGAGAUGAACGACGCAUCAUCUCAGAUUCAGCAGCCAGACUCGAGCGAGUCCGUCGACAACACCGAAUCCUCCCACGCCAAUAACCAGAUGACGGUCGACAACAACCAGGAAAAUGACACCGAAAACCAGGAGAACCAGAGUCAGUCAGAUAAUAAUAAUACAGGUACGUCUCACGUCAUAACUAAAUAUAACAUAAACCGGAUCAUGUUAUAUCAAACAAAUCCAAUACACAGCAUGCAAAAUGUGUUCAUUUCAGAAUGUACAGACACAAAGAAAAAAACAGAUGAAGAGAAAAAUUCUGAGAAUAUUGAGAAUCAGACAAAGUGUUUAUCUAACAUUAUGGACCCAGCAAUCAGUGACAAUGACAAUGAAGUGACUAUAGACAUCAAGCGCUCAGCAGAUGCACUCAUGUGUAAUGGACACGGUGAAUCUCAAUCUCAGGUAGACACCAACAGAAACUCCACGAAUGAUCAGGACACAUGUGAAUCUAACAGUGUGGGGGGUGAGGGGAAUCCAAUGGAAGAGGGAUCCACCGAUGACAAUCAGCGGCGGUCCCAGAGCCCCGGGGUUCAUAGCUCCUCCUCCCCCAGUGAAAAAAGCAACUCCUCAGAAAAGAAUUCCUUGAUUCAACCAGAUCCAGUCAGACAAGUUUGUGAUAUUCCUGUCAAAAUAGCAGAUCUAGGCAAUGCCUGUUGGACAUUUUUACACUUCACUGAUGACAUCCAGACAAGGCAGUACCGAGCCCUGGAGGUCCUGAUAGGGGCGGGGUAUGGUCCCCCCGCAGACAUCUGGAGCACAGCCUGUAUGGCAUUUGAAUUGGCAACAGGAGAUUAUCUAUUUGAGCCAAACUCCGGGGAAAACUUCAGUCGUAAUGAUGAUCACCUGGCACACAUAAUAGAACUGCUGGGUCCUAUUCCACGAGAGAUCAGUCUGUCAGGAGAGAAAUCCAGGAGAUACUUCAACAGAAGAGGUGAACUUCACAACAUACCAAAAUUAAAACCCUGGGGCCUGUUUGAGGUUUUGAUGGAGAAAUACGAGUGGGAUGAAGAAGAGGCCAAGAGUUUUACUGACUUUUUAACUCCGAUGCUGGCAUUCGAUACCUCGAAACGUGCCACUGCAGCUGAGUGUCUACAACACCCCUGGCUGAAGGACGCCAAGGAAAUUAACCAGUUAUAAUCACAUGUCUCUUAACUAGUACUCCGUCAAGCUUGGUCAUAAGGGAAAGAACUCUUAAUACACUAAGGGAGAUAACUCAUGGCUAAUCAGACUUGUCCUUCCUCUGAAUCCUUGUUUUUUCUCUCUCGGACCUUAACAAAUAGAGAGAAUGUUAUUUAUUUUUAUGUGUCUGCCCUUAUUAAAAUAUUCUGUUGAGAACAUGUAAGAACAUUAUUUUCACAUCAUUUUCUUCAUUUUUAAUGUCCAUAUAUAAAUUAUAUAUGUAUGUGAUACCACUUUAAACACUUUUAAGGUAAACAGAAAUGAGAAUUAGAGAAAUAUUUAAUGUUUAUGUAGCGAAGCAUUUUUGCUAAUAAAGGUUAAUUUUGUAUUGAAGAUUCUUAGCACUGAGUUUCCACCAAAAGCAAUCCUAGUAGUUUGACUUCCACAAUUAUUUGUACUAUUAGAGCUAGGUUUCUUUAGAUAUUGUAAAUAAUUUGAUUUUCAACAGAAUCCAGUUUUAUCUCUGACAUUAGUUAUUGCCUACUACAGACCAGCCAACCAGUAAUUAAGGGGCAUGACAUUUUUAUGCUUUAUAAAAUUAUAUUCCAGUUUUGUUCUCUUUAUUUUAUUUUGACCAUUCAGUGAUAAAUGACGGAUGAAAAUUUCUUAUGUGGGAUAUACAUGGAUAGGAUACCCAUGUAUGUCUGAGGACAUUUUUUUCUUUGGAUUCAAAGUACAAGUAGUUGUAAAUUUACACACAGUUUACUUAAUAUUUUCGAAGAAUGCUUGACAGUCAUCAUUCAGAAGUAUGUAACAGUGCAAUGAUUGUUUGAUUUUGUAAUCAUUCUGUGAAUAUGUUAUUCACAGUAUCAAUUUCGAAUGGAUCUGUCUGGUCUUUUCCCCUUAAGUAUCCUAGAGACUCCUUACUAAGAAAUAUCACUGAAGAAAUGUGAACUCUUUUUUCCUUGUGAUUUAAUGUAAUAGAUUAUAAAUGGUAUUAUUACCACAAUCUUUGACCCAGUGAUCAAGUUACAAGGAAUGAACACACACAAGUUAGUUAUAAAAAAAAAAGGUACAUGUAUUACCUGCAUCUCCCAACACAAGGGCAUUUAAGCUAAAAAGAGAGGAAUUAGUGCUAGGUAAAGUUGUUAUGUUUAGGGUAGACAGAUAGAAUGGAUAGAGAGAUAGUUUGUAGAGGAAUAGAGCUAGGAGACAAUCAGUUGUCAAAGAAACAUUCCUAAAGGACAAAAAAUACAACUGUGUGCCACAAAAAACUAAAUGUAGUUUUUCUGAUGUAAAUUAUUUAAACGAGUGCUUACAAAUUAACUUCAUUAGAUGUAGAUCUCAAAUUGUCAGAACUUGUUAUGAUGUAAAUAUCAGAUUGAAAAAUAUGUACUGGUAAUGCAAAAGCAUACUCUGAAUUUAAAUCCUGUACAAGAAGAUACAUGUUUGUUACAUGAUUUAUUGUGGAUUUGUAUUGCCAAUAUUGUUAUGUAGAGCAAAAGCUAUUGCUUGCAAAGGGAAGGAUGUCUUUGAGACAUAAAGCUAAAUAAUGCAAAAAAAACAUUCAAGCACAAUGCAAAUGACAAUAUUUUACAAUUAGAUUGAGCUACAGUUUAAGCUUGUCAAGGUUGAAUUGAGGUUAAAGCAAGGGUUGUGCUUGUUUCGAUAGGGAGAGAAGUUUAGACUGAUUCAACAGUCCAUAUUAUUUUGUGUUUUGUGUUAUGUCGAAAUAAAAUGUUCACCAAUUUA